AGGCUGGCGCGGCGCCGCUAGUGGGCUGGCGGGCCUGGCCGGGGACGUGCUCUGCGGCGGGGCAGCCCACUGGCGGAGCAAGCAUGCAGGGAGAACAGACGGCCGGGCGGCGGGCGCUGCUACAGCCGCUGCUGCUGCUGGUGCUGCUGUCCCGGGCUGCGGGACUGCGCCCAGGAGACCUCUUCCCCUACGGGGAGUCGUGGGGGGACCAGCUUCUGCAGGAAGGGGACGACGAAAGCUCAGCCGCGGUGAAGCUAGCGAUUCCCUUGCGCUUCUACGAAGCACAGUUCAGCGACCUCUAUGUGGGCACCAAUGGCAUCAUCUCCACCCAGGACUUCCCCAGAGAGACCCAGUAUGUGGACGAUGAUUUCCCCACAGACUUCCCGGCCAUCGCCCCCUUCCUGGCAGAUAUCGACACCAGCCAGGGCAGGGGCCGGGUCCUGUACCGCGAGGACACUUCCCCCGCAGUUCUGGGCCUGGCCUCGCGUUAUGUGCGAGCCGGCUUCCCUCAUUCCGCCGCGCGCUUCGCCCCCUCCCACGUCUUCCUGGUGACCUGGGAGCAGGUGGGCGCCUACGAGGAGGUCGCACGCGGGGCGCAGCCCUCGAGGGAGCUGAACACUUUCCAGGCUGUUUUGGCAUCUGAUAAGUCUGAUACCUAUGCCCUCUUUCUUUAUCCUGCCAAUGGCCUUCAGUUCUUUGGAACUCGCCCCAAAGAGUCUUACAAUGUCCAACUUGAGCUUCCAGCCCGAGUGGGCUUUUGCCGAGGGGAGACUGAUGACCUGAAGAGAGAAGGACUAUAUUUCAGCUUGACUAGCACUGAACAGUCAGUGAAAAAUCUCUAUCAAUUAAGCAACCUGGGGAUUCCAGGAGUGUGGGCUUUUCAUAUCGGCAGCACCUCCCCACUGGACAAUGUCGUGCCAGCAACGGUUGGCGGGGACCUUUCCAAAGCCCACUCUUCAGCUCCCCUGGAACAUGCCUUAAGCCACGCUGCAGCCCUGGAGAGUGACUAUACUGAAGAUAACUUGGAUUAUUACGAUGAGAAUGGUGAGGAAGUCGAAUACCCGCCGAGUGAACCAGAGGAGGCAGGGAAUGGCCACAGCAGGAUUGACUUUUCCUUCCACUCAAAAGUUGACACGAGACCCUCGGGAGGCGGGAUCUCUCCACGGAACUCCAAUCUGGCUCCUCUGCCACAUCCAACACCUAGUGAUUGGCCAUUUCACCCUGAAACAGAAUCUGCCAUCUUGGGUCCUCAAACCGAAGAGGAGACAGAUACUCCAGAUGUAAAAGGCCAAGUUGAGCCUUCUGAACAGGCAGAGACCAGAAGCCCAGCCCCUGCAGAGAUGGAUGGAGGUUCACUGGACCCCUCCCGGGAAGCCACAUCACUCUACCCUGAAAACGAAAACAUCCAGCCCUACCCUGAUGGAGGGGCCGUGCCUUCAGAAAGGGAUGUUCCUCCAGCCCAUCCUGAAGGAGAAGUUGUCUUUCCACAGUACUCCAAGCCAGAUCACACUCCACCACUGAGUGGCAGGAGGUAUGUGGUAGGAGUGAAAGACGACAUCAGUUCCAACACUGAGGUCUUCACGUAUAAUGCUGCCAGCAAGGAAACCUGUGAACAAAACCACGGACAGUGCUCCCAGCACGCCUUCUGCACUGACUACGCCACCGGCUUUUGCUGCCACUGCCAGUCCAGGUUUUAUGGAAACGGGGAACACUGUCUGCCAGAAGGGGCCCCUCAUCGGGUCAAUGGGAAGGUCAGUGGCCACCUCCACGUGGGUCACACACCUGUGCACUUCACCGACGUGGACCUGCAUGCUUACAUCGUGGGCAACGACGGCAGAGCCUACACAGCCAUCAGCCACAUCCCACAGCCCGCAGCCCAGGCCCUUCUCCCCCUCACGCCAAUUGGAGGCCUGUUUGGCUGGCUCUUUGCUUUGGAAAAACCAGGCUCCGAGAACGGCUUCAGCCUCACUGGUGCUUCCUUCAUCCAUGACAUGGAAGUUAUUUUCCACCCAGGAGAGGAGAGGGUUCGUAUCACUCAAACUGCUCAGGGACUUGACCCAGAGAACUAUCUGAGCAUUAAGACUAAUAUUCAAGGCCAGGUGCCUUACAUCCCAGCAAAUUUCACAGCCCACAUUGCUCCCUACAAAGAGCUUUACCACUACUCUGACUCAGCCAUGACCUCCACAAGUUCCAGAGACUAUACUCUCACAUUUGGUGCCAUCAACCAAACACGGUCCUACAGCAUCCACCAGAACAUCACGUACCAGGCUUGCAGGCAUGCCCCCAGACACCAGGCCAUCCCCUCCACACUGCAGCUGAACGUGAACCGGGUCUUUGCUUUGUAUAGUGAUGAAGAAAGGGUCCUUAGAUUCGCUGUGACCAACCAGAUUGGCCCUGUUGAAGGGGACUCAGACCCCACCCCAGUGAAUCCUUGCUAUGAUGGGAGCCACACAUGUGACACAACAGCCCAGUGCCACCCGGGGACAGGUGUGCACUACACCUGCGAGUGUGCACCUGGAUACCAGGGAGAUGGACGGAGUUGCAUGGAUGUAAACGAAUGUGCAACCGGCUUCCAUCGCUGCGGCCCCAACUCCGUGUGCAUCAACUUGCUGGGAAGCUACAGGUGUGAAUGCCGGAGUGGUUAUGAGUUUGCAGGCGACAGGCACACUUGCAUCUUGAUUGCCCCACCUCCCAACCCCUGUGAGGAUGGCACUCAUACCUGCGCUCCUGCUGAGCAGGCCCAGUGCAUUCACCAAGGCGGCAGCACGUUCAGCUGUGCCUGCCUGCCUGGUUAUGUCGGCAGUGGGUACCAGUGUACCGAUGUUGAUGAAUGCUCAGAAAACAGAUGUCAUCCUGCAGCUACCUGCUACAAUACCCCUGGCUCCUUCUCCUGCCAUUGCCAACCUGGGUAUCGUGGGGAUGGACUUCAGUGCGUACCUGCCCUGGUUCUGGAAGACUCCACCUCAGGACUGAAACCAUGUGAAUACCAGCAGCGCCAUGUCCAAGCACAGACAGCCUUCCCCGGGUCCCAGCCUCAUAUCCCCCAGUGCAAUGAGCAUGGCAACUUCCUGCCACUUCAGUGUCAUGGCAGCACAGGCUUCUGCUGGUGUGUGGACCCUGAUGGUCAUGAAGUUCCUGGCACCCGGACUCCACCCGGCUCCACCCCACCUCACUGCAGAUCACCAGAGCCCACCCGGAGGCCCCUGACAGUCUGUGAGCGCUGGAGGGAGAGCCUGUUGGAGCACUAUGGAGGGACGCCCCGGGAUGACCAGUACGUGCCCCAGUGUGAUGACCUUGGCCACUUCACCCCCCUGCAGUGCCACGGGAAGAGUGACUUCUGCUGGUGUGUGGAUAAAGACGGCAGAGAGGUGCCAGGCACUCGCUCCCAACCAGGCAUCACCCCUGCGUGUAUACCUACAGUAGCUCCACCCACAGUCCAGCCAACCCCACGUCCUGAUGUGACCCCUCCGUCUGUGGGCACCUUCCUGCUCUAUGCCCAGGGCCAGCAGAUUGGCCACUUGCCUCUCAAUGGCACCAGGCUUCAGAAGGAUGCGGCCAAGACCCUGCUGUCACUGCAUGGCUCCAUAGUCGUGGGAAUUGACUACGACUGCCAGGAGAGGAUGGUGUACUGGACAGAUGUUGCCGGACGAACAAUCAGCCGUGCCAGAUUGGAACCAGGAGCAGAGCCAGAGACCAUCAUUAACUCAGGCCUGAUAAGCCCUGAAGGACUUGUCAUUGAUCACUUCCGUAGGACACUGUACUGGACGGACAGUGGCCUGGAUAGGAUAGAGCGUGCCCGGCUGGAUGGCUCUGAGCGCAAGGUUCUCUUCCACACAGAUCUGGUGAAUCCUCGAGCUAUCGCUGUGGAUCCAGUCAGAGGCAACUUGUACUGGACAGACUGGAAUAGAGAAGCUCCUAAAAUUGAAGUGUCGUCUUUAGAUGGAGAAAACAGAAGAAUUCUGGUGAAUAAAGACAUUGGACUACCCAAUGGUCUAACCUUUGACCCCUUCUCCAAACUGCUCUGCUGGGCAGAUGCAGGAACCAAAAAACUGGAAUGUAUACUACCUGAUGGACCUGGACGGCGUGUCAUUCAAAACAACCUCAACUACCCAUUCAGCAUUGUUAGCUAUGCAGAUCACUUCUACUACACAGACUGGAGGAGGGAUGGUGUGAUAUCAGUAAAUAAAGACCGUGGCCAGCUUACUGAUGAGUAUCUUCCAGAGCAGCGAUCACAUCUCUAUGGGAUAACUGCAGUCUACCCCUCCUGCCCAAAAGGAAGAAAGUAAAGUAUAUUCUAAAGGAGGACUUGGAGUUUACAAUCCGCAUCUUGACCCUAAAGAAUAUUUACUUGCAAAUAAAGGCAAAAGAAAGUGAAAAAGGAAUUGGCCAUUAGGAGUUCCUGGACCUACAAGAUGAACAUUUUUAGUGCCAAAAAAGACUAAGUGUAUUUUAUGAAAAAUUUAUACCUCAAUCUUAACUACUGUAUUUUUAAAAACAAAAGUUGCUAUUGCAAGUUUAAAAAAAGUAAAGAAUUUUAAUUGUUGCUUUUUAUUAAGGCAACAUUUUAUACACAUUUGUAUCAUAUUUAAAAGGUCAAGUUCAUUAACGCAAGAACCAAUUAGAAUAUGUUAUGACCCUGAAGCUGAUUUUUGCUUUGGAUUCUUUCUGGCUAAGAGAUUAAAGCACACAUCGGUGUAAACAAACAAUCCUAAAGAUCCUAAACCUUGAUGUAGUUAGAGAAGGCUAUGCAGAACUGAUGGGAAGGAACCAACUUAUUUAUAGUUUCCCAACAAAUAUUGUUCUAAGAUUUGUUUUUACCUCUGCAUCAGUAUAUUUCUAUUUAUAUUAAAAGGUGCUAGAAUGAUUCAUUUUGUAUUUUCUGAUCCUGUAAGUGCCUAUUUAAAUUACUCACAGAAAGUACUACUUUUAUAAAUACCAAAGAUGUAAGAGUUCUAAAAUUUUCUAGAUUACUCCAAUAAAAGUUUUGUUUUCCUAUGA